AUGAUAUCACCAAAAGUCAUGAUCGUAUCCAUGUUUCAGCCCGAAGCCCAGGUAUGGUACGACAACUUUCCCCAGUCCGGCCUGGGCAACCUCACCUCGCAAGCCAUCGCCGCCCCAGGCCUCUCCAUGCUCUUUCCAUGGGUCUUUUGUACGGAGACAGGCAGCGUCUGUCAGAUGACCGUCGGCGAAGGUGAAAUCAACUCGGCCGUCUCCAUGACCGCCCUCAUCCUCUCCGGCAGCUUCAACCUGACGCAGACGUACUUUCUCCUGGCCGGCAUCGCAGGGGUCAAUCCUCGGUACGCAACCAUUGGCAGCGCGGCCUUUGCUCGAUACGCUGUCCAGGUUGCUCUUCAGUACGAGAUUGAUUCCCGAUCUCUCCCCGACGACUGGCUCACGGGCUACAUCCCCUAUGGCCGUGCCCAUCCGUUUGAGUAUCCCUGCAUCACAUACGGCACCGAGGUCUUCGAGCUCAACGUGGACCUGCGAGACGCCGCCCAUGCCUUUGCCCAACGGGCACAGCUUCGAGACGACCGCGAGCCGCAAAGAUACCGACUUCUGUAUUCGGACAUGGGCGCGUCGUACAGCACGGCCGUGAUGCCCCCCAGCGUGGUCAAAUGCGACAGCGCCACAAGCGACGUCUACUACUCGGGAGGCCGGCUGGCGCAGGCGUUUGAGAACACGACGGCCCUGUGGACCAACGGGACGGGCGUGUAUUGCAUGAGCGCGCAGGAGGACAAUGCGACGCUGGAGGUGCUGGUGCGGGCAGCGAUUGAGGGGCUGGUUGAUUUCAGCCGUGUCAUUGCCAUGCGGACAGGCUCCAACUUUGACCGUCCUCCCCCCUCCCGCUCCGACUGGGAACACCUCACCCACACAGACCAAAACGGCUUCCACAUCGCCAUCGCCAACCUUUACGCCGCCGGCAUCGAAGUCGUCCGCGGCAUCCUCGACGACUGGGACUGCACAUAUGCGCGGGGCAUCGCGCCCUCAAAUUACAUUGGCGACAUCUUUGGCAGCCUGGGCGGGCAGCCCGAUUUCGGAUUCGGCAGCAUCACGGGCGGGAGGAGACUCAAGCCCGCCGCUGCGUCGUCUUCUUCUUCCAGCGGAGGAGGCGGUGUUGGUGUCAGUAACUGGACGGGGAGUGGCGAGUCUUUGGCCGGUGUAGAGAUGGCGAGGAGGAGGCGGUUUGGGGUCAAGGGGGCAAUGAAGAUGUAG